AUGCCAGCGAGUGUACUGGACACUUUACUAAAAAUUAAACUUUCAACGAUGAAGUUUUUGGUAAUAUUUUUGCUGGUAUCACUUGAACUAUUUUACGUAUACGCUCAGUGCGAUCAAGAUAAUGUUUCAGUCGACUCCGACGACCAAAUUCAAGGCACAAGUCUCAAUGAUCCUAUGGAGUGUAAUAAAUUAGAAGAGAUUAGUUCUUGUAAUGGUAAUCCGGAAUGUCAAAGAACUUGUGAAAAUUACUCCGAGGAUCCGAAUGCUCCAGGACUCCCUUGUCCUCGGUCUAAAUCUUGUUUCCGAGGAUGCGUUUGCCGAAAAGGAUACGUGAGGUUUCAAUUAUACGGACCGUGCAUUCAUUUCACCAGGUGUCCUCGUGUCAGACAUUAA